AUGAAGCUGAAAAAUUUCAUCAAGACAUCAGUGGUAGCUGAAAUUUUGAAAACUGGUGGAUUCACUAAAGGCGGAGGAUUCCGAUUACUGGAUUGUGCGUCUGUUGUGUCACCGCGAGAUCAUAAGGAAUUCAUGGAGAGUAAUUAUGGCAAAUUUGAGAAGUUAAUGAGUAUGAAUACCAGUCAACGUCAAGAGUACAUGAAUAAGCACAUCCCAAACGCAGUUCACAUAGAUUUAAAUAUAGCCACAUAUCCUGAUCAGUAUCAGCCUUAUUCCAUGUAUCCGCCAGAAAUUUUUCAAAAAUAUGCCCGUUUGCUGGGUAUCAAUCGCUCCGAGCAUAUCAUCUUAUAUGAUCGAGAACGAGUUGGUGGUAUGUUGCAUCCUUGUCGGAUUUCAUGGCUAUUCAAGUACUAUGGCCACAAAGCAGUGUCUGUUAUGGAUGGUGGAUUACAAGCUUGGGAAGAAGAUGGAGGAGAAGUGACUCAAAAGGAACCAAAAAUUGAGCCAGGUGAUUGGGUGGCAACUUUGUGUCCGGAAUAUAUUGUAACAUAUGAAGAUCUGGUCAAGAAGGAUGCUUCUGGUAGAAACUUGCUCGAUAAAGCCGCGCAACUCAAUUUCUUCGACUCCCGCCCGAGAGAACAAUUCGAAGGAAAAGCCGAUACCGGCCUCGACCCCAACAAAGUUACUGGCUCUCAUGUGAAAGGAAUGAAGUGUGCUCCAGCAGUGGAAAUGAUUGAUGAAAAUGGUCGCUUAAAAACUGAUAAGGAACUGAAAUUCUGGUUACAAAAAUGUGGAUUCAAGCAUAACCUCCCAACUAUAUCACUCUGUCUACGUGGCAUGCAAGCGUGCAUGCUAAAUCUCGUUAUCGAAGAUAUAUUUCCAACACUACAUCCACGUGUUUAUCAUGGAUCAUGCCUUGAAUUACAAAAUCGAGAUCCAGCAAGACUCUCUGAGUGA